CAAUUAUCUUUUUCAAUAACAUUGCUUUUGGAAGGGCUGAACGUGAAGACCACUGAAUUCUGAACUAACUACUUACUGCUAAGUAACUGAUUUCUUGUGAAGUAGUUCGAUAUAGAGUCUAGUAUUCCAGUGAAUACGUCUCGAAUUGCUGAGAUGAAUUGAUCCUCGCUUCGUUCUGCCACUUUACUUCGAAAGAGAUAAUUAUGUGGAGCAGACGUGCUGCAACAUUCAAUGAAUUGGGUGCUAAAUUGCUACGAGAAUGCUAUGCGUCGCAGUGUCCAUGCCGGCAGCCCAGUCUGGUGCGCACCCAUGGCAGCUGGUCGUGCAGGUCUCUGUCAACCGCCGCCGAGGAUACAGUACGUAACCAGCCUAGUCAAGCCACUGGACAGCAGCAGCAGCAGCAGCAGCAGCCUGCCGCACCACAGUCCAAACUCCAGUUCCUCGGCGACGCAUCAAGCUUCACGAAUGCCGCACGGCCUAUGCUCGGGGCGCCGAUCGAUAGCACUCUUGCACGAGCGCCACCAGCGCCCGACAAGCAACCGACACUACAGCCGGUAACAUUCGAAGAUUAUGCUGCCAGAGCACUGCAGCCUUUCGAGGAGCACAACGUCCCCGAGGUGGCCUUGUCUAUGAUGGGGAAAUCGCUGGAUGAUGCUAUCGAGGUCCUUGAAGAUCUAGUUGUCAAUUGUCUGGCAGCCACAAAGACUCUUCGAAAAAGGAACACUGACCCGGAGAUUCAGCGCACUCAACUCAAGCAUCAUUUCGAGACGAAGCUCAAGGAUCUUCUUGAUAGCACUGGGUUCCGUAACUUGUUGAACCUCCUUGUCCAUGAGUCGUCAACAGCGUCCAAUCACCAGCUUAUUCGGACAAUGGCUGCUCUGUCCAAUUUUUCCGAGGAGGAGUGUAUAAUUGCCAUAAAGCCUAUUGUGGAACGCUUGGCAAAGCCUAUCAAGCCAGUGAUGGGUCGGCUAUCAACUGGCGAACUCACUGCUUUCUUCCACACAUACUCCGUGUUCCAGAUCAGCGAUGCCACGGCGUGGAAAGAGGCCAUGAACCAGAUCAACAACCGCUUCAACCUGUUUGAGGUGGGUGACCUGACACAGCUGAUGGUGUCGCUCACCAAGGCUCCCUACCUGGCCGACACCGUGUCCUACUUUCUCACCAAGCUGAGCGUGCGCGUCCACCCGCUAAUGACUGGCAUGAGCCCCGAUGCUCUGGUCAACACGCUCAAGGCUUACAAGACUACAGCUCUAUCGGAUCGCAAAGGGCCCAGCAGCAAGUUCCGCAACCAUGCCCUGACUGAGCUGAUGGCCAGGUUCACCGAGCUGCCCGACACACUGGUCUACGACGUCGUGGUGACCAUGAUGGAGUCUGCAGAGAAGAGCAGUGGUCUGGGAGCAUGCCUGGACACUUAUCUAAAGGACAACUACCGCCUAUGGUCGCAGGAAUCACUACUAGUCUUCCUCAAGUACAUGUAUGCAGCUGGCGCCGUUCCGUCACCGGUCAUUGUUGACUCGCUAUUGAUCAAGAUCUUUGAAUUGGUGAAAACCAGCUCGCCGAAAGCCUACAUGGAGGCUGCCUGUUUCUUAGCUGAUCACGGGAUGUUGUCUCGCACCCUGGCUAUGGUGAUUAGCAAGGAACUAGCUGAUAACCCGCAGCGGUUGAACAACAUUGACCUGAUGCAGCUGUCCAAGGUGGUCGGCGUGAUCAAGAACGUGGAUCAGAACCCACUGCCGCGCCAGAUACCGCGUCACCUCUGCAAGUACCUACCGGCAAUGGGCUAUGAUGAUCAGCUGCAUGCCAUCGAGGCCCUGCACAGCAUGGGCUCACACGAUGAACGCCUGAUCACGACCCUGGACGAGCAGCUGAUGUCAGACCUGGCCAAGAUCCCGCUCAACCUCAAGUCGGUCCUGUUCAGCUAUUUCCGCGGUGCCCAGGAAGCUGGUAUUCCCGGAGCAGAAGAACUGGUGGAGAAGUGUGCUGGCGACCUGUCUGGACUCAGCCUGCCCUGGGACAUGUCUAUGCGCAUCCUGCACAGCUUUCAGACAGCACCGCCGGCAGGUGGGCUCUCGGACCAGAUGAGCAAUUUGAGGCACGUGGCCGCGCGCUCCGGAUUGGAUCAGUUUAUGACAACCAAGGAGAUUGGUGUGUCUGCCAUUGAUCAUCUUUGGUUAGCCAUUGUUUCCUUCUCUCACGAUCACGACAACCUGAACGAUGUAGACCGUGAUUUGUAUGAGCGUCUGUUGCGCUGUGUUGGUAAGCUGCCCGUGUUGUCAAUGGAAAGUCAGACGGCUGCCAAGGGUGAGCUCAUCUACCAGCUGAUCACGACGCUGUACAACCUGGUCGACCUGGAGACCACCGCCGGCGCCGAGUCGCUGGAGAUGGAGUCUGUCAUGGGCUUGCUGCACUUGCCACUGUCGCUUCGAGUCGCCUGGCUGCGCGACACCAAGACCGACCAGUUCUUCGACAUCUUGAAGAUCGUGGCCAAGUGCCUGAAAGACCAUCCGGUUGAUUUGAAGAGCUGGCUCUCAUCACUUCAAGUGCACGGUACUGCACUCAUUCCGGACAUGACCAGUCAUGACGCAGCACGCAUGCUGCAGCUCUUCGCAGAUGUGGGCAGUGUGCACGUGCAGCUGUUACGAACGUUCAUCACACGCUACCGCUUCUUGCUGUUUGUCUUCAGCGCACAGGAGCUGCUGACAAUUGUGCACUGCUUCUCGGAUGCCCAGUACAACCCGGACCAGUUCCUCGGCCUCUGCAUGGAGCAUCUACUCAUGCAUCUCAGUCGGCUCUCCGCUGAUGAGAUGUGUCAAGUCAUAAGCAUCGCUGGCUUGAUAGGCAACAAUGGCCACGGGUUGCUGCAGUCAUGCCCUGACCUCGUGCGCAGGUCCGUCAGCAAGUACUCGUUUGAGCAGCUCGUCCAGUGUGCUCGGUCCUACGCUGCUGCCGGUUACCCGUCUAAGAUCAUCAUUGACUUGGCGUGUGAUGCAGCGCUACCAGUGCUGCGUAGCGGAACACCACUUGAAAGAGUCAAGGCGUGCGCGCCAGCCUACUUUAGCACAAUGAUGACGGUGCCGCUGAAGCCAGUGUUUCACACCGCCGUGCUGGAAUGCCUGAGUGACAGCACGGUCAAGGAGGUGUCUACCAGCGCCGCACCGAUGCAUCACCAGUACUCUGCCGGUGUGUUGGCUCUGUGCCAGAAUGGACACGUGGACAAUGAGCUGUUGGCGCACGUCUUUGAUGAGGCCACGCUAAGAAAACUCUUCGUCGUUGAGGAGGGUGAGACGAGAAAGAUUCCAGAGGCGGCGCUGGACACGUUCAGGGACCUGUAUGAUGUAGUCCAGACUCAUCCAUUGUGUACAGCGACUAUUGAUGAUGAGCUGGCAGAGCAGUGCGGCUUUGCUGACCGCGCAAUCAAGGAACAAGAUCUCCUGGCAAGUGGCAUCUUGGAGGAAAAUACAUUUGCGUAUGAUGACCAAGGAAUAGUAUGGCCUAUGCGCAUGGGUGUAUUAGCGGAGUCACGUCGGAAAAUUAAUCUUCUCUCGGAGAACAUAUACCGACGCCUGCUGCCCACUCCGUUUGGCAUUGUACAUUUGCUUGUGGCAAGAGAUGCCGAAGGUAAGCUGGUUGAGUUGCCAGAGGUCAAUCCAGAACUGUCCCUCCCCGAGUGGAGUAAGCAGCUGCGAGACAGCUCGCCGGUCCUCUCUGACCCCAACACUACAGUCUAUGCUCUGUUCUGCCCGGCAGCAGUCCCAGUCAUAGGCUCAGCGUACGGUCGCCUCGAGCUGUGGCUCUCUUUGCUCGAAGCCAACAACAUCUACCCGUUGGCUUUCACUGCCCAAUCCUUCACCCAGUGCACGCCGGAGUUCAAGGACAAGUUUGUGGGCUUAGUGCUGGACCCGUCACAGUUCUCCGUCGCUAAUCUGCCACUUUGCUGGCCUCGCAACCCAAAACAGCCACAACAACCAUCGAAAGCGACUGGAGCAAAAACAGCAGCAGCAGCAGCAGCAGCAGCACCACCACCACCACCAGCAGAAGCAGCAGCACCACCACCACCACCACCAGCAGAAGCAGCAGCAGCAGCAGCAGCAGCACCACCACCACCACCAGCAGAAGCAGCAGCAGAGGCAGCAGCAGCAGAGGCAACAAAAGCCGAAAACCCACCAGAUAGUGCAGUGCCAUUACAUGAUGGUAGCACGGCCGUUUAGGGGUGUUAGUUCCAUGCAAGUUUCUAGAACCAUUGAUUUUUACCGUAUUCUUUUGAUACCAUGUCUAUUUGGGCGCCUGGGAGAGAGAGAGAGAGAGAGUGUGUGUGUGUGUGUGUGUGUGUGUGUGUGUGUGUGUGUGUGUGUGUGUGUGUGUGCGUGAGUUCGACGCCACGUGUUGUGAGAAACAAUGCUCUUCUGGAAUGUGUGUUGAAGUGAAACCGUAGUCUGAAAGACUAGA